AUGACCUGCUGUGAAGGAUGGACCGCCUGCAAUGGAUUCAGCCUGCUGAUUCUACUCUUUUUGGGAGUAGUUUUCAACUUAAUACCUAUAGUUAUGGAAGCAGUUGAAGACCAAUCUUUUCAAAACCCCAUCUCUUGCUUUGAGUGGUGGUACCCAGGAAUUAUAGGAGCAGGUGUGAUGGUCAUUCCAGCAACGACAAUGUCCUUGGCAGCAAGGAAAAGAGCAUGCUGCAACAACAGGACCGGAAUGUUGCUUUCAUCUUUCUUGAAUAUAUUCACAAUCAUUGGUGCCGUGUAUUGCAUGCUGGUGUCUCUCCGGGCUCUCUCCGAAGGUCCUCUCAUUUGUAGCUCUCACGGCAACAGCACUACCAGUUGUGAAUUUUCAUUUAAAAACUUACGUGACAUUCAUCCAGAAUCCUUCGAUUUACAGUGGUUCCUAAAUGAAUCUUGCAUAUCUCCUGAAGGUACCAACUAUUCCACCGUAAAUAAUGACACCAGGGGCAGCGGCUGGGGAACAUCAUCAGUGGCUGACUUAAACUUCAAUUUGGACUUGAAUUCUAAACAAGGCAGAUAUAGGACUGUCCAUUUCUCGGUGUUCUUAGGUCUACUGCUGGUGGGAAUUCUCGAGCUCCUGUUUGGGCUGAGUCAGACAGUCAUCGGUUUCCUGGGCUGUCUGUGUGGAGUCUCUAAGAGAAGAAGCCAAAUUGUGUAGUUUAACGGUAAUAAAGUGGAACACUUAGUAGUCUGAAUCAUUCGUGAAUGACACUUACGAGAUACUCUUCUAGAAGUUAGAAGUUCAGUAAUGGAACAUUACCUAAAAAGCUGUAGGAAUCAUUUUAGUCCAUAGGGUUGUCUUUAAAGUCACCUUUAAGGUGAUUUAAAAAAAUAUCAAACUUUUACAUAGAAAGCAUGUUGGUAAAUACAUAAUACUUUCAUACGGAAAAGGAAGCAUCAUCAGUGGCUGACUUCAGGGAACGGUGGAGUGAAGCUUUCAAUUUUUGUCCCUUUCUGUGCUAUUUGAAUUUUCCUGUGUGUGGAGUGGAGAUGGCAGACAGGGAAGGAGAGGGGACAGGAAGGAACAAAAGGGAUCCCGGAAAUGAAAGCCUGGGACUUCUUUCUACU